GCAGAUCUCGAAGCAUUACCAACUCCUGGGCCAGCCGCUGCCCAUGUCGGAGGUGGUGGCGAUCGAGGAUGUGCUGGGGCGCCCCGCGUGGCUGAGGGGCCCGUCGUCAGGCCCUGCGAGCAAAAAGGGCCGCGGUGGCGACGCAGGCGGCAGCAUCGCCAGGGAGGAGGCGAAGAAGGCGGCGCGCGGGCAAGACGCGCUGGUCAAGCUGGUGCUCACCCUCGGCAAGCUCGCGCUCACGGACAGCCGCGCGCUGGCAGAGGUGUCGAGCACGGUGCGCCGCACGUGCGACAUCUGCGCGCACACGGACUUCGCUUCGACCAACGAGAGCGCGGGGGCGGACUUCAACGACCAGUCGCAGGAGCUCAAGGCCAAGGCAAAGAAAGGGGAAGCCGUCGACUUCCAGAGUAGAGGACCGCCCUUCGUGACCAUCUUCGCGACGACCAUGCACUGGGCGGCCUCGCAGUACAACAAAGAAGGAGUGAAGCAAGAGCCGUGGAUGGCCAUUGCUCGAGAGUUCUACAAGGAGUACUUAUGCAAGGCGUCGGCGGUACAAGUGGGAGAGCUGGCGCUGCAUUGGCAAUGGAAGCGCAACAAGAACAAGACGGAUAUCAACCCGAGGGGCAGGUUGAUCAUUGCAUUCGACACGCAGCACCCAAAGUAUGCGCAGCUGAUGCGGAUCAUGGCGGCCCUGCUCGAGACGCUGAAGGCGGAGAGGCGUAUCGGGCCCGCGCCGAGGGGCCCACUGGAGCGGGGCGCGUCGGAGCUGCUGGCGGAGUUCAAGUAG